GAUGACGCAGAAUUUGCGCGACGGUACAGCUGCCUCGGUCAGACCGUCGCCCUUAGUGUCGGCGGAACGCUCGGAUUUUCUUUCUUGAAUCGUUUUUCUCGGGAACUUGAGCGAUGGCUUCACGGAUCUUUCGGUUGUUUGUGCCCACGAGCGCGGCGGCGUUUAAAACCGUCUCACUCUCACAAACGGCCGGGAUCCACACGUGUCCAGUGAGGAGUCUGCGAUACGGAUGGUGGUCGUACGUUCUGGGAGAGAGGACCACGCCCAGGCUGAAGGAGAACAGCAAGAUCUUCUGCAUAGAAGGCAACAUCGCGUCCGGAAAAGGGGCCCUGGCGAAGAAGCUGGCUGAGCGCUUUGGGAUGCUCUACAUGCCCGAGCCUGAUGUCCACUAUGUAGAUAAAAUGACUCAAGAGAAAGCCCCUCUGGAUUCAGCCUUCAACGGCAACUGCAGCCUGGAGAAGUUCUACCAGGAUCCCAAAGCCAGUGAUGGCAACUCGUACCGUCUGCAGUCCUGGAUGUACCUGAUGAGGCUGCUGCAGUACUCGGACGCCGUCGAGCAUCUCCUCACCACAGGCCAGGGAGUCAUCCUCGAGCGAUCUCCUUUCAGCGACAUGGUAUUCUUGGAGGCCAUGUUCAAUCAAGGCUACAUCAGGAAGCAGUGUGUUGAUCAUUACAAUGAGAUCAAGGACAUCAGCCUCUGCGAGUUCUGGACCCCUCACCUCGUCAUCUACGUGGACUCUCCUGCUGAGGAGGUGCAGAAGAAGCUCAAGGCAUCUGGAAAGCCUUAUCUCCAAAACGUAUCGCUGUCCUACCUUAAGAGCAUCGAGACGGCGUACAAGAAGACCUUCCUACCCAAGAUCAGCGAGGAGGCCGAAGUGCUUGCGUAUGAUGCGACCCAAGCACAGGAUAUCGAGAGGAUUGCAGAGGAUAUCGACUAUCUGAAGUUUGAUAAGGGCCCGUGGUUGGAGCAGGACGAUGUCACGUUCCAUCACAUGAGAAUUCUCGUGGAAGACAAACAGCGGGUGGCGAACAUGACCUGCAUCCCCAGAUACAUCCCGGAGGUCACCAUCGGCGCUCACGAGUUUGACAAAGCCUACUACUCAUUCAGAUCGCUUCCAGGGAAGCGGUACGCCGAGGGUUACAACGCAGACGCAGGAGACAAAGGCAUCUGGUUGAAGUGAAGGGAGGGAAAGCGUUGUCUAGGAGUCCUCGUCCAGCUCGGCGCUCUCGCUUUGUCCAGCUCAGAGGAGGGUUAAAAAAAAAAAAAAAAAAAGGACGUUGUUCGUCGUCUGCUGGUGUGUAAAUUGCUAUUAAUAAAAAAUCUAUGUUAAACGGA